AUGGUCCGCCACAAAAAAGACAACUUCGCGCGAGGAGGCAAGAAAUUCAGCAACCCCCGCCCCCGAGUGCCCCGCGGUGAUGAAGUUGAGGGCGCGACUUCCUCGAGGCCUGCUUACAAGGCUGCCUGCUGGGAUAUGGGACACUGUGAUCCUAAGCGAUGCUCAGGAAAGCGAUUGAUGAAGCUCGGUCUGAUGCGGGAGCUUCACGUCGGUCAGCGGCACCCCGGUGUGAUCGUCUCUCCAAAUGCCAAGCGAAUUGUCUCUCCCGCAGACAAGGAUAUUAUGGAACAGCACGGUGCUGCUGUGGUGGAAUGCUCUUGGGUGCGAGUCAAAGAAGUGCCCUGGUCGCGGAUCGGCGGAAAAUGUGAACGGCUUCUUCCCUACCUUAUCGCCGCCAACACGGUUAACUAUGGCAAGCCAUGGCGUCUGAACUGCGUCGAAGCGCUCGCCGCUUGCUUCGCCAUCUGUGGUCGCUUGGAAUGGGCAGAAGAUAUACUGAGGCAUUUCAGCUAUGGGCCAUCUUUCUUGGAAAUCAACAAAGAGCUUCUGGCGCGCUACGCCGCUUGCGAAACAGAGGAGGAUGUGAAGAGGACGGAAGAGGAAUGGCUAGCUAAAAUCGAACGCGAAUACGAAGACAACCGCGUUGACGGAGGUGAUGAUAUCUGGACCAAAGGAAACACCAAUCGUUUGCCCGCACGAACUGACGACGACGAGGACGACGAAAGCGGAGACGAAGACGACGAAAAUGAGGGCAGUGACGAAGAGGAAGACGAGGACAAGGAUCCAUUUGCGAUUUCCGAUGACUCUGAAGAUGAAGAGCAAAUGGCCGAAAUCCGCCGCAAGAUUCUCAAUUCUAAGUCGUUCCAAAAUCCGGAAGAGGGAAAGCAGCAGCCGGAGAAAAUUUCGCGGCCGGAGCAGCUGUACGUCGACUCAGAUGCUGAGUCCGGCUCAGCAGGAAGCGAGGACGAGGCAUUCGACAAUAUCAUCAAUGCUACGACGGUCACCGACCGCACGGGAAUCAAAGCGAUUCAACGACGGAAAGCAAACGAGACUGUCUCUGCCUCAUUCUCUCGGGCGGAGAUUUCUGCCCCGAAGAAAUGGUGA